AUGGCUGAAGAAACUGCACCAAUUUUAUCUCAGGAACAAGAAGGUUCCGCUUCUCCUAUCACGGAAUCAUCAACUGCCUCCGCAGCUAUUGAACAUGUUCAGGAAGAACAAGCUACCACCGAAACCAAUCAACAAGAUGGUGAAGAAUCUAACCAGACUGAAAUUGCUACUGAAGAAAAAGGUAAUGGAGAAGAACAAGAAGAAGAACCUAACGUAGUUCCAGCUAGCGCUACUCACGGGGGUAGAGAAACUUCAGAUAGAGUUCUUUACGUAGGUAACUUAGACAAAUCUAUCAAUGAAGAUUUAUUAAAGCAAUAUUUCCAAGUCGGUGGUCAAAUUACUGAUGUGAAAAUAAUGGUCGAUAAGAAAAAUCAAAAUGUCAAUUACGCAUUCGUCGAAUAUUUGAAAUCUCAUGAUGCUAACGUUGCAUUACAAACUUUAAACGGCAUUCAAAUUGAAAAUAAGAUUAUUAAGAUUAAUUGGGCUUUCCAAUCUCAACAAAAUUUAAAUUCAAAUGAUACUUUCAAUUUGUUCGUUGGUGAUUUAAACAUUGAUGUAGAUGAUGAAACUUUAAGUAGUAACUUUAAGAACUUCCCAUCUUAUAUUCAAGCUCAUGUCAUGUGGGAUAUGCAAACUAGUAGAUCUAGAGGGUAUGGGUUUGUUUCAUUCGCUGAUCGUGAUCAAGCUCAAAAUGCAAUGGAUACCAUGCAAGGUAAAGAAAUUAACGGUAGACCAAUUAGAAUAAAUUGGGCCACUAAACGUGAAAACAAUAAUAACAACCAUGGUGGUAACAACAACGGUCAACAACGUCGUGGUGGUUACCGUAACAAUAACAACAAUAAUAAUAGUAGAAAUACCAUGGGUGGCAUGCCAAUGGGUAUGGGUGGUAUGCCGCAAAAUGUUAUGGGAUUGGGUUCUAUGGAUGGUAUUCCAAUUCAAAUGCAACAACAACAACAACAGCAACAACAGCAACAAGUUGCGGCUGCUGCUGCUGCUGCCGCUGCUGCCGCUGCGGCUCAACAAGGUCCUUUAGUUCCUGGUCCUGUUAAUCCUCAAGCUGUUGAUGAUAUGAUUAGAAGAGCUCCUCCAAGAGUCACAACUGCUUAUAUCGGUAAUAUCCCACAUUUCGCUACUGAAGCUGAUUUGAUUCCAUUAUUACAAACUUUUGGUUUCAUCUUAGAUUUUAGCCAUUAUCCUGAAAAGGGUUGUUGUUUCAUUAAAUAUGAUACUCAUGAACAAGCUGCUGUUUGUAUCGUAGCCUUAGCUAAUUUCCCAUUCCAAGGUAGAAACUUGAGAACUGGUUGGGGUAAAGAAAGAACUACUUUUAUUCCAAACCAACAACAACAACAACAACAAGCGCAAGUCCAAGGUCAACAACAACAACAAUUGCCACCUCAACAUGGUCAAAUCCCAAUGCAAGAACAAGGUCAACAACCAGGUAUGAUUCCAAUCAUGAUGAAUGAUCAACAGCAACAACAGCAACAACAACAAGAUAUGUAA